UCAACUUAAUUCAAUAAUAAAGUAGUAGUAUAUAAAAACAAAAAAAAUAAGCAAUUAGAAUAUUUGUUUGGUAGGAUGGAUCCCUUGAUCCGCAAGAUUAGACCUCAUCUUCUUGCUUGGCUUCGUCGAUCUCGUUCUGGCCAAAUAUCGUUUAUCAGGCGUUUCUCGUAUCAGGAUGUAAGGAAGGCAACUGAUGGAUUUCGGAGGAUACUGUACAGUGAUUCUGAUGGCACUGCUUUUAAGGCCAAAUUUCAAGAUGGUGCCAUUGCUUUUGUCAAGGAAAUAAAACACAUUUCUCAACAUAAACAUAUUUUCUAUAGGGAAGCACAACUAUUGGGGCGCUUGAAUCACCGUCAUCUUCUCGCCCUCAAAGGCUUUUCCGUUGGACGUAAGAGAUUGCUAAUUUUUGACAAUAUAGAAAAUGGAAGCUUGAAGGAGCAUCUCAACGAUCCUCUCAAGACUCCAUUGAAUUGGAAGACUAGGUUACGGAUAGCAACCGGGGUAGCAGCUGCAUUGGAAUAUUUGCUUAUCUUUAGUAACCCGCCAAUGUAUCAUGUGUCCAUCAGCUCCAGUAAUAUCAUGCUAGAUGAAAACUUCACUGCAAAGCUCUCCAACAUUGGUUUUGUCAGUUCGGUUGAAAAUGUGACAACACCAACACCCCAUGCCUCCUGCACAACAGAUUGUAUGGCUCAAAGUUGUGGGAAGUUAAUAUAUGAGCUUGGUGUGCUAAUUUUGGAGUUAGUGACUGGUCAAUCAUCGGAGAAAGGAAGCGCAGAUCUAGUCCAGUGGGUCCGAGGAUCUUGCUUUCGAAGUUCCAUGUUGCGGAUGAUAGACCCGGAUCUUGGAAACAGUUACGACUCUAGAGAGCUUCAAAAGCUAUUAGCUGUAGCCAGAUUGUGUAUAAAUUCUGGAAAUUACCCCAAAUUUUCCAUUCUUCAGGUAUUUAGAUAUCUGCAGAAAAGCUAGACUUCCAUGUCACUACUACUAGAGUUUGCACAUAUGAAAUUCUUUUAACUCUUCA